CAAGAAAUUUAAUAGCUCUUUCUUCACUGUGAUUUUGGAUUUCUUAGCUUCAACCAUUUUCUUACUGGGUAUCAAGAACUGGGUUUUCUUCAAGCAGUGAAUGUAUCAAAGGUAGAUAACAUGGACGGCUAUGUUGGACUAGAAGCUGAUAGUUUUGGUGUUUCAAAACGUCAAAAACCAUCACUUAGAUAUCCAUCACAAGAAUAUUGUUUGCCAUGGGGAGUAGCUAUUUCAGAAAGUUUUGGGUCCCCAAACGAGUACUGCAUUGGUGCAACAAAUUUGAAGAGCGAAGAACUUAACUUUAAUGGGAAAGGCUCCCCUAAUGAAUUUGAGGCUGAAACCUCCAUUCCUGGAGAAUCAUCCACUGAGUCAAGUUGGUGUGAAGGGUUUUCCUUUGUUGAUCGCAGCCGAAUGAAUCCAGAAGCUUCUCUGGAUGGGACCAGACAUUUAGACAAUCGGCCAGAUUACCAGCUUGAUGGCAUUGGCGGGAUAGAUCAUCAAACAGAUGACAUUUUCUUAAGAUCAUUACUUGAAGAAACUCCACCUGGCAUGGAAAAUCCAUACAGAUCUGUUAGCAUGUAUCCUGUGUCUGACUGCAGCGCAAUGCCGUCGAAAAAUAUCUUGACAGGCAUGAUAGUGGAUUCACAAAGUAUCUCAGUGGACACAUCUACUACAAACAGCUCAAAGAAUCUUAAUAGAUUAACACACUGCUUUCCUUCAUCAGCAGACUGGGACAGAGUGGAAAAUAUGCCAAAUUUCAUGCCAGCCGAUUCAGGAAAAAUGGAAGAUUGCUCAAUGAAAAAGGAACCAGCUGUACCAGGAUUGAUCCCAGCUGAACUAAGCAGCCCUUACAAAGGAGAGGGACAUUUGAAUGCCGGGAGAUCUUUAGAAGAAUCUGUGUUGCAGGAGCUUGAAUUGGCUAUGGCACAGGUUAAAUUGACCAAGAGAACACGUCUUUGCUUUCGAGAUGCCCUGUACCGCCUUGCCAAGAGCUCGGAACAACCACAUGUAGUAAGUCAGACUCGAAGUGGAGAGAUUACCAUGGAAAAACACUCUUUGUCACCAGUUCCUUACAGAACAUCCAGGUUCCAAAGUGUGAAUGCUACAGACUAUCAAACUAACACCAUUGAUUGGACCAUUGAGAAGCUCAUGUUUGAUAAGCUGGACUGUGACACAGCUGAUCUUUCUUCUGAUGUAUCAGUAAACUUAAGCAAGGAAACUGUCAUGAUGGAAGGAUCAACGAGCUAUGGUUUGAAUUGGACAUCGAUCCCUCAAUAUUCUCGUUGCUCACUGCUACCACAAGAUGCUGGCAAUUUGAUCCUUGGUGGAGAGAACAAUAUAAUGAUUAAUUUUUAGUGACAUCUAAAGCAUACAACCAGUACUAGGUUUGGAUUGUAAAUGAAAUAUGAGAAGCCUUAAAACCAAGAUCUAGUUGUUUA